UUCCAACCUUAUUUAUGUUCUCUCUUCACCGUUCAGCCAAAAAAAUUAUCACCAUGCAGCUCCCACCCCCCAGCCUCGUUAGGAAUUUGUACAACAAGCCAUUGCUCCAGUUUGUCUCGUUUUAAAGCAAAGAAAAACUUCCCAAUGUUAACCUGUAGCAAAAUGAGAAAAAGAAGGGGAAAAAAAAAAAAAAAAAAAGGCUGUUUGGUCCGCCCUCCCUGGCUGUUGUUACCUUGCAGUUUAUGCCACAGAGACAACGGAGGGAGGUCUGAGGAGGAGGCAGCCAGAAGCCACUGACUCCCGUGGAUACUCGGAGCCCCUGGGUGAAUUCAGCCCUUCCUACUUUCCCUGAUGCUCUUUCCCUGUAUGACUUUGAGAGGGGCUGGCUAGUGAAGGAUUCCUCAAUGUGUGCCUGCUGAGGCGAGCGUCUUGCUGGGGGAGGGAGGACCCAAGUGAGAGCAGUGUGACAAAGGAAUCCAGCACAGAUCUCGCCGUGCUGGAACUGGCUCGACUCUUGCAUGCAGUUUUUGAAGUCCGCAAAACAGAAAUCAAAUUACUAUCAUCUUACGCCGCUGGAAGCUCAAGGAAAGGGGAUUCCACACUGCUUCCGCAGCAUGCGACAGGCGGCAAGUCACAGGACAGUCAAGUGUAUCUGCCCGGCGGACCCUGGAGACAAAUGAACAUAUUUGUCUCCCCCAAAUGCUCAAAACUCUGCUUUUUUACCUUCGCUUCCGUGAACAAUUCCAGCCCAACAGUGGACUCAUACAACACUGAGAAGGAAAUGUAAAGAGCCAUCACACUUCUUUAACUGUUACCAUGGGAAAGGAAAAGCCAGCUGGAGAUGCCACACAGGUGCACCAGCACAGCACACCACAGUGAGGGGACGUGAAAACCAGCCUGAGCUGGGGCUGUAACUCACUAGUCUAGCCACACUUCAUCUGCUACAACUUCCGGCUUAGACAUGGAAAUUCUUUGUGAAGACAAUACUUCUUUGAGCUCGGUUCCAAACUCCUUAAUGAAAUUAGAUGGUGACUGGAAUCUCUACCAUCAUGACUUCAGCUCUGGGGAGGGUAACACUUCUGAUGCAGUUAACUGGACAAUUAGCUCUGAAAAUCGAACCAACCUUUCCUGUGAAGGGUACCUCCCACCAACAUGCCUCUCCAUAUUUCAUCUCCAGGAAAAAAACUGGUCUGCUCUACUGACCACCGUAGUAAUUAUUCUAACCAUUGCUGGAAAUAUUCUCGUCAUCAUGGCAGUGUCCUUAGAGAAAAAGCUGCAGAACGCCACCAACUAUUUCCUGAUGUCACUUGCCAUAGCUGACAUGCUCCUGGGUUUCCUAGUCAUGCCUGUAUCCAUGUUAACCAUCCUGUAUGGGUACCGAUGGCCUUUGCCUAGCAAGCUCUGUGCGGUCUGGAUUUAUCUGGAUGUGCUCUUCUCCACGGCCUCCAUCAUGCACCUCUGUGCCAUUUCAUUGGACCGCUAUGUCGCCAUCCAGAACCCCAUCCACCAUAGCCGCUUCAACUCCAGAACCAAGGCAUUUCUGAAGAUCAUUGCUGUUUGGACCAUAUCCGUAGGUAUAUCCAUGCCAAUCCCAGUCUUUGGGCUGCAGGAUGAUUCCAAGGUCUUUAAGCAGGGGAGUUGCCUGCUGGCCGAUGACAACUUUGUCCUGAUAGGCUCUUUUGUAUCAUUUUUCAUCCCCUUAACCAUCAUGGUGAUCACCUACUUCCUCACUAUCAAGUCACUCCAGAAAGAAGCCACUUUGUGUGUGAGUGAUCUUAGCACAAGAGCCAAAUUAACCUCUUUCAGCUUCCUUCCUCAAAGUUCUCUGUCUUCGGAAAAGCUCUUCCAGAGGUCGAUCCACAGGGAGCCAGGUUCCCACACAGGCAGGAGGACGAUGCAGUCCAUCAGCAAUGAACAAAAAGCUUGCAAGGUGCUGGGCAUCGUGUUCUUCCUGUUUGUUGUGAUGUGGUGCCCGUUCUUCAUCACCAACAUCAUGGCGGUCAUCUGCAAAGAGUCCUGCAAUGAGGAUGUCAUCGGAGCCCUGCUCAACGUGUUUGUUUGGAUCGGUUAUCUCUCCUCAGCUGUCAAUCCACUGGUCUACACGCUGUUCAAUAAGACCUACAGGUCCGCCUUUUCACGGUAUAUUCAGUGUCAGUAUAAGGAAAACAAAAAACCAUUGCAGUUAAUUUUAGUGAACACUAUACCAGCAUUGGCCUACAAGUCUAGUCAACUCCAAGUGGGUCAAAAAAAGAACUCGAAAGACGUCAAGACAACAGAUAAUGACUGUUCUAUGGUUACACUAGGAAAACAACAUUCAGAAGACACUUGCACAGAAAAUAUGGACACCAUGAAUGAAAAGGUUAGCUGUGUGUGAUAGGCUGGUUGCUAUGACAACUGCCAGAGGGCACUUGGGCACUUUUUCACCUAUCUGAGGGGGAAAAAAAUAAGGAGACUGGAACAAAUUAGACUACUCUCAUGAAUCAACAAUAUCUAUUUUCCUCACUGUAUUCUGUCAGUAAAGAACAGGCUAAAUGCCUCAAAAUGUGCAUUUCAACAAUGUUCCGACAGCCUUUUAGCUAGGCGCUUUAUAGUACUUUUAACUUUGUCAAUGAAGUCUUUGAAAUAAUUAGCUCUUAUUGUACAAUUAUAAUGAGGCAUUAAAUAAAUCUGAAUUAACGUCUAUUAUCAAAUAGGAACAUUGCUACUAU